AUGGCUGAAUGCCAUGCAGCAUUGAUCGGUGCGGCAGCGGGAGCUGUAGGUCCGAUGAUUUCGAGCAGCUUAGGCAUCGCCUGUGGCAUGAGCCCGGACUUUACAGGCAGCCAGGUCCUACCUCGACAGCCCGUUGGGGUGGUGGCGCUCUUCGGCGCACUGGCCAGUGCUUCCGCGGGGGCCUUCGCGGCCAUGGCGGCCCAGUCUGCGGUGCUGGGCGCCGCAGCCGGUGUGGUGGCAGCUGGCUUUGUCACUGGGGUGAGCACCGUCGACAUGCUGAAGAGAAGAAACCUCUUGGUAGCAGAGACUCAAAAGUCGGCCAAAGCAGCCAAGUGA